CUCACUUUCAGAAAAUUCUCUUCCCAAUCUCUCUCUCUCUCUCAAGCAGAUGCAGAUCUUUGUGAAAACUCUCACUGGAAAGACCAUCACCCUUGAGGUUGAAAACUCCGAUACUAUUGACAAUGUGAAAGCAAAAAUCCAGGACAAGGAAGGAAUCCCACCAGAUCAGCAAAGGCUCAUUUUCGCUGGUAAACAAUUGGAAGAUGGUCGAACUCUUGCCGACUACAAUAUCCAGAAAGAGUCCACCCUCCACUUGGUGCUUCGUCUCCGUGGUGGGAUGCAGAUAUUUGUCAAGACCCUGACUGGAAAAACCAUCACCUUGGAGGUGGAAAGCUCAGAUACCAUUGAUAAUGUCAAGGCAAAAAUACAAGACAAAGAAGGUAUCCCACCAGACCAGCAGAGGUUGAUUUUUGCUGGCAAGCAGCUUGAAGAUGGUCGUACCCUUGCAGACUAUAACAUCCAAAAGGAGUCCACCCUCCACUUGGUGCUUCGUCUCCGUGGUGGUAUGCAAAUUUUUGUUAAGACUUUGACAGGUAAAACAAUAACAUUGGAGGUGGAAAGCUCGGAUACCAUUGACAAUGUCAAGGCAAAGAUCCAGGACAAGGAGGGUAUCCCACCAGACCAACAGAGGUUGAUCUUUGCAGGCAAGCAACUCGAAGAUGGUCGUACUCUUGCUGACUAUAACAUCCAGAAGGAGUCCACCCUCCAUUUGGUGCUCCGUCUUCGUGGUGGAAUGCAAAUUUUUGUGAAGACCUUGACUGGAAAAACUAUAACAUUGGAAGUUGAAAGUUCUGAUACUAUUGAUAAUGUCAAGGCAAAGAUACAAGACAAAGAGGGGAUCCCUCCAGACCAGCAGAGGCUGAUAUUUGCUGGCAAGCAGCUGGAAGAUGGGCGCACUCUUGCUGAUUAUAAUAUCCAAAAGGAAUCGACCCUUCACUUGGUGCUUCGUUUGCGUGGUGGGAUGCAGAUUUUUGUGAAGACAUUGACUGGUAAAACCAUAACUCUGGAGGUGGAAAGUUCUGAUACCAUUGACAAUGUGAAAGCUAAGAUUCAGGACAAAGAGGGUAUUCCACCUGACCAGCAGAGGCUGAUUUUUGCCGGUAAGCAGUUGGAGGAUGGCAGGACUCUUGCAGAUUAUAAUAUCCAAAAGGAGUCAACUCUUCACCUUGUCCUUCGCCUCCGUGGUGGUUUCUGAGGUAGCUUGUGGUGUAGUUAUUUCGAUUUCUGUGGUUAUGAGUCAUUCUGUGAAGUUUCGUGGUCAUGAUUUGUUUUUCUUGGCUAUUGUUCGAUGGCUUCUUAUAAGAUUCAAACUUGCUAUGUUAUUCUAUAUGAUUUGUUUAAUAUUUUCAUGCUGUUUUUAAGAUGGUGGUUAAAUUGGCCCCAUGAGGUCAUGUUGUUAUUGCUGUUUAGUAUAAAAUAAAGUAAUUUUUAUGCACACGUUUUGUGCUGCUA